GUACAAUAUUUCGCGAACAGUCAUCCAGUGGACGACCAUGUCUGCAUCCCUAACACAGACGACGAAAUCGAACACCGCACUGUUGCCAGAAUUUCCGUCAUUCAUUCGUUUACUAUCGCCAUCGUGUGAGUGUUACUCUAGCUACCUAUCGAGAUGUCUGAAGUUGCCACUGAAGCCGCUGCCGCAGCCCCGGCUGCCUCGCCAGCCAAGACCAAGAAGCCAAGGGCCCCCAAGGGACAGGGCAAGCCGAAGAAGCCGUCGACCCACCCCCCAGUCAACGACAUGGUUGUUGCUGCCAUCAAAACCUUGAAGGAACGCAACGGAUCGUCCCUGCAGGCCAUCAAGAAGUACAUCGCCGCCAACUACAAAUGCGAUGUCGCCAAGCUUGCCCCAUUCCUCAAGAAGGCCUUGAAGAAUGGCGUCGAGAAGGGCAAGUUCGUCCAAACCAAGGGCACCGGCGCUUCCGGUUCGUUCAAGCUGAAGGCUGAAGCUAAGAAGGCCGCCAGUGAGAAGAAACCGAAGAAGGCCGGCGAGAAGAAGGCCAAGAAGGCUACCGGAGAGAAGAAGAAGGCCACCAAGAAACCAGCUGGGGAGAAGAAGGCCAAGAAGCCAGCCGGCGAGAAGAAAGCCAAGAAGCCGGCUGCAGCCAAGAAAGCCAAAGCUGCUGGUGCCAAGGCUGCCAAAAAGGCCGGUGGUGUGAAGAAGGCUGCUGCUCCGAAGCAGAAGGCCACCAAACCUUCCAAGACCGCCGCCAAGAAGCCCAAGACCCCAAAACCGAAGAAGGCUGCCCCAGCCAAGAAAGCUGCCGCGAAGAAGACCGCUGCCAAGAAGUAAAUUUGGGACAGCAACCGUACUGUUGUAAAACAGUAUCUAACAUCCAAUCAGUCCUUUUCAGGACUACCAUCCAAGUUUAGAACAAAGAGUUGCACAGUCAAUGAUAUUCCAUUCCUCUCACAGAGGGAAAUAAAUCCCCCCGAAAAGU